ACUCCGUAGUGCACGUUGUCGCACGUCGUUUCGUUCUGUCGCAAAUAAAAACAGCAAGUACGCAUGCGUGUAGGUUGCCACGGUUACCCAGACGCGCGGACGAACAUGCUCCCCAAGAAACAACAGAAGAAGGCCGGUAAGGUGUCCAAGGCUCAGAGGACAAAGCGGCAGCAAGAGGAGGAGGAGAGGAGACUUCGAGAGGAAGAGGAAGCCCGGAUCAGGGCAGAAAGAGAAGAACAGGAGAGAGUGGAAAGAGAGAGAAAGCAGAAGGAAGUGGAAAGGCUUGAGCUAAAGGACCUAGAGCGCAGAGAGGCCGAGUUGAAGGAACUGCACCAUCUACUGGAGGAGAAUCAUACUGCAGUAACCAAAUGGAAAACUGAAGCUGUGGAGACAGCCAAGUGGGAGCGAUACAUGCGUUGCGACGGUGCACCAGACCCAGCAGUACAGAAAGAGAUGAAUACAUACAUGAGUUUAUGGAGAGAUGACCCUGAGGUCAACAUCAUGCUUGUGCUCCAGCAGUGUAAUCUUGCUCUGCAGCUGGUAGAUGAGUUGGAAGAUUUCCUCAAAGAUGUUACAGAUCCCCAGGAGGGCCAGAAGUACCAGAAGGUUCUCAUAAAUUUGCAGGAGCUAAUUCACUCAAAACACCACCUUGCUACUGAAGAGAUCCUUAAGAGUGCCAGUGAAAACGUCAGCACUGAGACAGGCAACAUGCAGACUGUGAUCAAAGAUGACAACAUUACACUAUGUCUCUGGGCCAACCUCAAUAAGAUUCCAAGGUUUAAGAGUGUCAGCUUCAGUGAGGCAGGCCUCAGCUUUGAGCUUCCCAAGCAGCUGGCUGUGAGUGACAUUGCUGUGCGCAUCCUCCACACCCGGUAUGACCACCUAUCUUCAUUAGCCAGGAUGACUCAUCUGAGAACACACACACUCAGCAACAGGGUCUACCCGGCGAUGCAGUACACCCAAAGAAUGCACAUCUCACAGAGUGCAGCCAGUCUGUGGUCAAGGAGCAGCAGUCCAGAGCCUGAAGAGAGCCAAGUGAGCCACGUCCAAACACAGAUGGAGGCACUUGAUGUCAGGGAUCCGAUUGGUCCCCCGGAGGAGCACACAGUGAUCAACCCUGUUGCCCAGGUGGUAGACUUGAUGGAGUACACACCUCUGGGUGGAGUAUUCUACUAUGAUGCGUUUCACCUCCCACCUCAAAUUCAAUAUGCCCAUGGCUGGAAAUUUGUGCAGGUGUUGAGGACAGGUAUGCAGGUCUUCUCUUAUCAGGCUGAGAAGUCUGGUUUGGAUGGCCACGAGGCUCUCCCCUGUCCUCUUAUUGGGGUGUCUGUGACACUGCCCGACUCUGUUGUCUUCUUGGAAGCUCCACAAGUGGCUCGCUGGGAUGCUGCAGGUAAGCAGUGGAGGAUGGAUGGUAUCACCGACAUCUCCUAUGAUGAGUCUGAGGCCAAAAUCUCUUUCAAGAUGGACUCCUUCCAAGCGUUUGCGCUGAUGCAGAAAACCUACGCCAACCUUCCUUUUCAGAGCUGGGAGCUCCGGCCACUGGGCCAGGACUCUGCUCUCUACACUGUCAACGGGGCGUUCAUAAACAUCAGCAUCACUAUUCAGGAUAAUAAAUGUAUGCUGCAAUCAGAGCAAGAGGGGGGGCUCUCUCACCUCAUCGGAAAGUGGAUGAGUGGCUCGGACCUGCAGAAGGCCAUGGUCGACGCUGGGGUCAACAUCUUUGUGAAUGAAUACGCGCACAAAUACGUCAGCAGCACUGCCAAGGACCCACUCACAGAGCACGCUGCCUACGAACAGAUGGCCCUCUUUUCCUCUGCCUGUGCAUUCUCGUGGAGCAAGUGGAAUGCUAAAUGUGGAGCUGAGCAUCUGGUCAUGCAGGUGUGUGAGCACCACAAUCCCUCCCCCGUGCCCAAGGACUCAUGGAGUCUGUACCUUCUGGGAGCUCAGAGGAGUCGAAAGCUGGCGAUCACAGAAACAAGUGAAGCUUUUUCUCCAGAUCAUUAUCCUGGCAGCGAGUUUCACUCCACCUUCAUCCACUUGCUUCAGGACACCAUGAGUCCUGAUGGCGUCGCUCGGACCAGAAAUUCCCAUCAUUUGUUUGUCGACACAGUGCAGAGCCUGCUUUGUGCCACAAGGCCCCUGAUGUAUUCAUAAUCCCAGUGAAAU